AUGGAUCGACGGCGCCUUCAGGAGACUCCGCCCAUAUUUGAUUGGACACAAAGAGCAGACGACGACACUUAUGUGUUAUAUUGCGAAUGUGGUGAUAGAAUUAAUAUUUAUGUGCAAUAAAAAAGGUGCGAAUGGAGAAUUUUUGCAUGAAUAGAUGGAAUGAACAAAAAAAGACAGAAGAAAAACCGAGGCUUUUGUAUUUUUUGGUGUUUGGUUUGAUUAGAAAUUGAAAGUUCAACAAAAAAUGUCUGGAAAAAAUUAGAGUAGUCUCUGAAUACAAUCUAGGCCUCCUGAAUAGCGCUACAUAUAAAAAAAAGAUUUGUGAUUUUCUAAUUGUAAAAACUGCUUGAAACAUUUUAAUUAUAUCUAGAACUCGAAAAAUUUCACAAAGAAACAUUUCAAAGCCAUAAUCAAUUUUUCAGAGAAUGACCAAAUAAUGAAUCAAAAGACACAAUUUUAUACUUUUAGACAGGGAAGAAAAACAAAAACAAUGUUAUUUUGAUCAGAUAGAACUCGAACUUUUAAAGUUUGACAGAAAAACAUCAUCUGAUCAGAUUAGAUAAUUAUUGUUUUUAGAUCGAACCGUCUACGUCAAACAUUGAAUCAGAAGUAAAAAUUGAAGAACCUGAAGAGCCUGAAGAUUGUUGUACAAUUGGAGAAAAUAAUCAAAGUGAAUUAAUUGUUUGCACGGCACAUGAAAGAGAAAGAUAUACUUUAUUGAAACUUUUGGAACAGAAAAAACCAUCAGCGAUUAUUUUAUAUACGAUGUCACUUCAGACUUUGAGACAAAUUGAGGUUUUUUGUUACUUUGGAUUCAAAUUUUCUAUAGUAUUUUUUGCAGUUAUAUCGUGCUUGUAAUCCAGAGGAAAAUCUUCAAGUUUAUUGCCUGCAAUAUUGCGAAUCGACCGAAGAAAGUCGAUAUUUGGAAGCAAUUAAUCGAGAAACUUUAUCAUUUGAAACAUUGAUUCGAGAACAAGGAACUCUUAUGAUUUCGCGAGAAUUUAAUGUUGAAAGAGAAGAAGCACCGAAAUUAAAAAGUUCGACGAGAGAUGGAGGUGGAAGAAUUGAUAGAAGAGAACGAGAAUUAGAUCCAAGAGAACAAUCAGAUGAACAAAAUGAGAGACCGAAAGUUAUUGUAGAUAUGAGAGAAUUUAAUAGUGAAUUACCAACUAUUUUGUAUAAAAAAGGAUAUGAUGUGAUUGCAGCGACAUUAGAGGUACGGUAUUUUUUAUGAUAAAUAAAUGGAAAAAAGUUCGUUCGUCACACAACAACUUGAAGUUUCCAUAUCCAGAAAAAUUUUAUUUUCUGAUUUCAGAAAAAAAUGGAAAUUAAAAAUGUUUGUCAACAAUUUUAUAUCGUUUUCAAGCCCAACAUAAAAUUCUGAAAAAUCACUAUUUUUUCAAGUAUUCCGUCAAUUUUUUUCUGAAUGUUUUCAAUGAAAAUUUUUGUUCUUCAGAUUGGUGACUAUAUUUUAUCAACUGAUAUUGCUUUGGAAAGAAAAGCUCUUGAUGAUUUAACCCAAUCACUUCAAUCUGGAAGAGUAUUCAAACAAAUUGAACAAAUGUUGCAAUACUAUGAAUGUACUGUUUUGCUAAUUGAAUCCAACACAAAAUUCGAAACAAAAAUAGUGAAUGGCGGACCAUUUCAAGGAGAAUUGAGUAGACAUUGUCGAGAAAUUCGAUCUCGACUUUGUGCACUUAUUCGAGCACAUCCAAAAAUGAAAUGUAUUUGGAGUUUGUCGCCAGAAAAUUCGGCUGAAAUUUUUAUUGAAUUGAAAUUGAAUGCACCAGAACCUAAUUUGGAUUUGGCGAUUUCUUUGAAAGCUGAUCAAAUUGGAGAUGAAAAAGAUGAAGAAGAAGGAGAUAAUAAUAAAAAGAAAAAGAAGAGAAAACCAAAUGCAACUAUUAUGCGAAUGUUUAAUAAUCAUUUGAACUUUAAAUCCAACGAUUCGCUGAAAUUAUUGACAAAUUCUCAUGUAAGAUUUAACUUCUUGAUUAUCUUGAGAUCAAACACUUUUUUCAGUUCACAAAUCUGGCCGAAGUAUUUUCGUCAUCAACCACAUGUUCAACUCUUUCCGAUUAUUUGCCUCAAGAAAAUGCGGAGUUUUUAUCGAAUCUCAUUCAUUUUGAUUUUAGUAAACGAUGA